AUGGUUUUUUCAAAUAUCGAUGCACCCGUUCGUAUUGGUUGUUAUAGCGCAUUUUGGGGAGAUUCUGUUACUGCAGCAGAACAACUAGUUAAAACGGAAGAAGACGCGUUAAAUUACUUGGUUGGUGAUUAUCUUUCUGAGGUUACAAUAGGCUUACUUGCACGUAGUCGUAAUCAAGAUCGUAAAAGUUUAAAGGGUGCAAGUAAAGGUGGUUAUAUUUCCGAAUUCCUCACCUAUGUUCUUCGACCUUUACUACACGAUAUCAUCAAAUAUAACAUUAAGGUAGUCACCAAUGCCGGAGGUUUAGACCCUUUAUCAUGUAAAUUAGCAAUUGAAGAUUUAGUUAAAGAACUUAAUAUCGAAGAAGGCAAAGUAAUUGUUGCCGCGGUUACCGGUGAUGAUAUUAUAGACAAAGUAAAUGAUAGAAAUAAUGAAAUACUUAACUUUACACAUAUCCAAGAAGAUUCCGAAGAUUCUAAAUCAUUUUCACUUGACAAUAAAAAAGUUAUUUCAUUUAACGCAUACUUUGGUGCCAUUCCAAUUGUUAAAGCAUUAAAAUCAGGUGCUAAUAUUGUUGUGACUGGACGCUGUGUGGAUAGCGCGUUAGUACUAGGUCCAUUAAUUUAUGAAUUUAAUUGGGAUCCUCAUAAUGAUUGGGAUUUAUUAGCUUCUGGUUCAUUAGCUGGGCAUAUUGUAGAAUGUGGGUGUCAAGCAACUGGUGGUAAUUUUACAGAUUGGAGACAAAGUGCUUAUUCACUUGGUGGUGGAUGGUAUAAUAUGGGAUAUCCAAUUAUUGAAUGUUUCAAGAAUGGUGAAUUUUAUGUUACUAAACCCAAGGAUACUGGUGGACUUGUGACACCAGCAACGGUUGGUGAACAAAUGUUGUAUGAAAUAUUAGAUCCUGGUGCAUAUAUUUUGCCAGAUGUAAUUUUGGAUUUUAGAAAUGUAAAAUUGAAGCAAGUAAGCGAUAAUAAGGUUUUGGUUACUGGUGCAAAAGGUAGAGCACCAACAGAAAACUUGAAAGUUUCAGGAAUUUAUUUAGAUGGAUAUAAAAUGACUGGACAAAUAAUUAUUGGUGGCAUUGAUGCGUGGAAUAAGGCAAUAGUUGUUGCAAAUGCUAUCCUCAUGAAGACGCGUGUAUUUCUUAGAAAAAAAAAAUUGGGUGAUUAUCGAGAUGUUAACGUCGAAGUAUUGGGAGCUGAACAUACUUAUGGAGGCCAUGCCAAGACUCGUAAUACCCGAGAAGUUGUAUUAAAUAUUACAGUUCAUCAUGAUAAAUUAGAUGCCUUGAAGUAUUUUGGGUUGGAGCUUGCUCCCUCGGCUACAAGCAUGGCUCCAGGAAUUACUGGAGGCGGGGCAGGACGUCCUCAUCCAUCACCAUGUCUUGUACACUUUGCACGUUUGAUAUCAAAGAAUUCAGUUUCGCCAGUUGUUAUUGUUGGAAAUAAAUCAGCUGAAAAGGUAAUUUUUGAUGGACCUACUCAUAAUGACAAUAUAAUACCACCGCCGUUACCAGAAAUCCCAAAUGAAAUUGAUUACAAAAUCGAUAAUGGACAUAUGACUAAAGUACCUUUAAUAAGAUUGGCAUGGGGAAGAAGUGGAGACAAAGGUGAUACUUGUAAUAUUGGAAUCUUGGCACGCGAACCAAAAUAUUAUCCAUUUUUGAAAAAUUCAUUGACCGAAGAGGCUGUCAAAGAUUAUAUGAUCCAUUUAUGUAGAGGUAUAGUUAAGAGAUACGAAUUACCUGGUUGUAAUGGAUUGAAUUUUGUGUUGACUAGAUGUCUAGGUGGAGGAGGUUUAAGCUCUUUAAAUAUCGAUAAACAAGGAAAAACUUAUGCUCAAAUGUUAUUAAGUUUUGAAGUUGAUGUACCAUCAA